UCAUGGCUGCACGGUCUGUCACUCUCGGCAUCGACCUGGGCACCACGUCUGUGAAGGCGGCCCUGGUGGAGGCCGCGCGCGGCGACCCUUCCGGGUUCGUGGUACUGGCGAGCUGUGCCCGGCCUGCGCGGGCCGAGACGGCGGCCCAGAGCGCGGCGGCGGGGCCCCAGGGACAAGAGCAGGAUGUGAGGAGAAUCAUCCAGGCCCUCCACGAGUGCCUUGCUGCCCUUCCCCGGCAGCAGCUCUGCAAGGUCUGUGGCAUCGGUGUGUCAGGACAGAUGCACGGAGUCAUGUUCUGGAAAACAGGCCAAGGUUGUGAAUGGACAGAGGCAGGGGCUGCCCCUGUGUUCGAGCCCAGAGCCGUGAGCCACCUGGUAACGUGGCAGGAUGGCAGGUGUGGCAGCAAGUUCCUCGCUUCUCUGCCCCAGCCAGAGUCUCAUCUCAGUGUGGCCACGGGGUUUGGCUGUGCAACCAUCUUCUGGCUUUUGAAAAAUAGCCCAGAGUUCCUGAAGUCCUACGAUGCAGCUGGCACUAUCCAUGACUAUGUGGUUGCCAUGCUGUGUGGCUUGACAAGACCCCUGAUGUCCGACCAGAAUGCCGCUAGCUGGGGAUAUUUCAACACCAGGAACCAAAGCUGGAACUUGGAGAUACUGAGGGACGCAGGCUUUCCCGUCCACCUGCUCCCGGACGUCACCGAGCCUGGCAACGUGGCAGGCAGAACUUCCCAGGCCUGGUUCGAGAUCCCAAAGGGGACACAGGUGGGCGUGGCCUUGGGGGAUUUGCAGGCCUCUGUCUAUUCCUGUAUGGCCCAAAGGACAGACGCAGUUCUCAACGUCAGCACCUCGGUGCAGCUGGUAGCCUCCAUGCCUUCAGGAUUCCAGCCAGUGGAGACUCCAGACCCUGCAGCUCCAGUCGCCUACUUCCCGUACUUUGACAGGACCUACCUGGCGGUGGCAGCAUCACUCAAUGGGGGCAACGUGCUGGCCAUGUUCGUCCACAUGCUGAUCCAGUGGAUGGCGGAUCUAGGCCUGGAGGUUGAAGAAUCCACUGUGUACUCACGCGUGAUCCAGGCUGCUGCACAGCAGAAAGACACCUGCCUAACCAUCACUCCAACAGUGCUGGGCGAGAGGCACCUGCCAGACCAGCUGGCCUCAGCGACCAGAAUCUCCUCCUCUGACCUCUCCCUGGGGCACGUGACCCGGGCUCUGUGCAGAGGCAUCGUUCAGAACCUGCACUCAAUGCUUCCUUUUCAGCAGCUCCAAGAGUGGGGCGUGGAGCGGGUGAUCGGCAGUGGGAGUGCGCUGUCCAGGAACGAGGUGCUGAAGCAGGAGGUGCAGAGGGCUUUCCCUUUCCCAGUGUCCUAUGGGCAGGAUGUAGACGCAGCUGUAGGGGCCGCUCUGGUUAUGCUCCAGAGAAACCUUAACCAGCAGGAGUAUUAG